CUCGCGGCUCCAUCUGUCGGUCCAGUCACAUAUCGGGAAGCUCGAUAUCGGCCGUCUACUGAGCAAAUUUGUAAGAGAUGGAGCUGACCGGGAAAUUGUUGGGAUCUCGAUGAAAAGGUAUGUACGUUUGAACUUGAGAAAUCUCGCCGGAAGAUUCUUGGUCACGGCGAUCCCGGCAAAUGUAAAUACUUGGGAUUUUACGAAUAUUGUACAAUGCAGACAUCAAACUCUCAGUUAAAGCAGCAACUCCCUACUAGGGGGUUGAAACAGGUGAAAGUGGACAACUGGGGAACAUUUUUCCUUCAGCGAUUACAACAGCUUUACUUUGACGAGGAACUCUUUGAUAUGACCAUCAAGUUUCCAACAAGCGAUAUCACACUGCAGGCUCACCGGCUUGUAAUUACAACGUGUACCGAUUAUUUUAUGAAAUUGGAGCAUCAGCAAAAGGAGAAAGAUGAAAACUUUAAUGGCGUUAUUGUGAUGCCAUCAGAUAUGCCUUAUGAAUGUGUCAAAUCAAUCAUAAAUUUUAUGUACACUGGACAAUUGGAGUACUGGACUUCAGAACAAACUGCACUUUAUCGGACAGCACAAAAAAUGAACAUGACAGUCUUAACAAAACUACUAGAUGCACAGUUUAACACGAGCGCCUUACAACAAACUGGUUCAGUAGCUACCACGAAGGCAAAAUCUCCAGUUCAAACCAUGGUUGUGCCAAUGCAUAAACCAGCAAUUCUGGCAAAAAAGAGUCCCACAACGCCCAGUCAGCCUGUCAGUCUGCCAUCACAGCCUCUACCUGGACGAAAGCUUCCAAUUUGGAAACGAAAAUUGGAUACGCAUCCUUCGAUGCCAAUAUCAAACUACGAUUCAGGAUCAUUCCAUGGGUCAACGGCCAGUCAUAGGCCAACCGAAGGUACACCGGGACCAUCAAGAUUUGAUCUACCUGAAGUGGAAGACUUUGCCCUAGGUGUUUUCUCAUCCUUUGACGAUAUAACAUAUAACACGAAGCCAAUUGUCAAAGCCCCGGACAAAUACGGUAGCGACAAGGAACCAGAAAAGGAUGGAAAAAAUGAUAGUUCAGAGGAAGAAGACGAAGAUGAUCCGGUACGUGGUAAAGAAACUGAAGUCAACUCAGAAGAUGACUGGUCAACUCCAAAGGGCAUUCUUCGUCCUCAAGAAAUACAGCCUUCGCCAUCAAAGAGAGUGCGUUUUGAUUUAGAAGAGAAAGAGAACCUUGAGAAAUCAAAAAACACUUUCUUAAAUGACAAUCCAGCAGAAUCGAUAAACAAUCAUGCAAGGAUAAUACGCGAGGUCCUGAAGAAGUAUCCUCAUCUCGUAAAGAACAACAAGAACAUCCGGUUAAAGAUCAUGCAAAAGGAGGCAAAGUCCUCGGAACCGAGUAUACCAGCAAAAACAAAAGUGUCCUAUGUUGUUCUGAAGUCCGAUCAUCUAAUGUCCGGUAAUAAUUCCGAAAACGAGGACUCGAAGGUUAGUAGGGGUCCUGACAUUAGCGGUGAGACUGGACCCUGGAAGUGUAACAAGUGUGACCUAGAGGAGGAGUACACAAACUAUUAUAUGUACAGAAGACACAUGCAGGACGUACACGAGGAGAAGUUUGAUCCACGGGUUUGCGAACACUGUGGUUACAAGGCAACUAAGCGCAACAUCCUUAUGUAUCAUCUGUACACAAAGCACGAUGUGCCACCGCCGAAAAGUAUGUGUUUCCCCAAGUGUCAUGCCUGCUCCUACGUCGCCUUGUCGGAGACACUCCUGGUCCGACAUCAAAUAAAUCAUCAUCAUCGGCCGAAUGACGCACGAGUUCAUUCAUCAUCUUCGGAUGAGCUUCACUGUGUCCAAUGUUCCCAGACAUUCCGUGACACUGCGGAACUUACAUCUCACGAAAUCAACACUGGACACGGUGCCGGAGGUGGAGACUCCCGUGAUAAGCCACAUCGUUGUCCUCAUUGUGGCAAGACCUUUGUCAGGUUAACGAAUCUCCAUGUACACCUUGACUGCGCGCACAAGGAACUACGUGACAAUGAGCCGGCUCCGGUAGCACCGAUUUCUCUCGAGCCAUCGUCCGAAGCUGAAGCCCUUAGCCAUGUAGCCAGUGGCAUCGCAGCAUCUCUUGCUGUCGGAGAUGCUAUUCCUACGUCCGAUCAACAGGAAAUAUCAAAUGCAGAGUCGACUUUUAUUAUACCAGAGUGUAUUGAGCUCGCUGACAUCCCUCCAGGAUCAUCUUAUAAUGGACAGCAAGAAAUAGAUGGGCAGCAAAUGAUAAUGCUGAUAGGUAAUGGUACUUAUCCGCAGCAGCAAGAAGUCAGAAGUCAAGGAGAGAAUGGACGAGACUCACAGGAAACCGAGGAACUUGAGGUAUCUAGUAACGAUCAGCUGGUUGCACAAGCUACUGAGGAAGGUAUGAUUGUUUAUAUUCAUGGAACCGACGAACAUGUUCAGGUUGAUGAUCAGCCUAUGGAAAUCGUUCACGAGGAUGCCGAGGAAAGUGAAGAGGCUGAGGAAAUUGUUGAAGAGGUUGUUGAAGAAGUGGAGGAAGAGCUUAUGGAGGAUGAGAUUGAACAAACGACAGAGACGCUUCAUGAUUCCAACGGCGAUCAAGUCGAGGAAGUCAUUCAGUACGUCGAAGAGGAGACUGAAAUUGUCGAGUACGACGAAGAACAAUCUAAUCAGCAAGACAUUCAUAAUUCUGAGAAUCCACAAGAUUCCCAAAAUUCUGGUAUAAUGAUUUCAGAGGAUGAGAACAUGGUAGAGGAUAUCGAAGAGGAAGAAGAAGUCGCGGAAGACGAUAAGGAACAUCGACAGCGACAGCAGUCACGGAGACGAAUUUAUCGUAAGCAAGGCUCGGUAAUGAUUAUCGAGGAGGAGGAGGAGGAGGAGGGGGAGGAGGAGGAGGAAGAUGAGGAUAGAGACGGCGCAGUAGAAGGUAUAGUUGAAACAGAGGAAAUUGAAGAAGAGGUUGAGGAAGAGGAAGAACUAGAGAAAUUGGAUAAUGAGAAUUCGGUUGAGAAUAACCGGAGGAAAAUUCAAAGGAAACCCGAAACCAUUGCUGAUGAAUGGGAAGAGGAAAACGUCGUCCUCGUCGAGUCAUGAAUCGUUUACACUAUAGUAGUUAACCUUUUACAGUUGGGUAAUCGGUCUUGGUGCAAAUUGUAAGUCUUAUCAUACUUUCUGGGAUAUGACUUCCAAAAGGUGUUCAAGCUCUUCCAUUUAUUAACGCUUCUUUGCUUUUCCCAUACUACAUCUUGACAAAAACUUAUUGAACAUUACUGUUUUAAUUCUAACUUCAUUGUAAUUUACACUUUAACUUUAACCUCAUUCGUAUCUUUGCAAACUCCUUUAUGCUGACUGGAUUUCAUAUCUUACUAUAAGUAAUAUCUGCACUUUACAUUAUCUUUUACUUGAUUGCUUUUAAUGGUAAUUUUUUCUUUUCAUCCAAGCACUUUGAAGUUAAAAAAGUAUUUUAAUUGGUUUUAUCCAUACUUUGUGCACAAAAUCUAUUGUUUGAGUUUAAUUUGUUCCUGUUUCAUAUAUGUAUUCGAAUCAUUGUUUAGUAUUUGAUUGCUUGAACCUGGACGGAAGCAAGGAUAUCCCAAUAAGAAAGGCAAAAAAGAAAAUAUCGACGUAUAUAAAACGAAAUUUUGUCCAUUUCGGUGUGCGUGCAUGCUGGUGUGUGCGUCUGUGCGUGUGUGUUAUGUAUGGGAAUACCUGAUGGGAAAUUGUAGACGAUACUACUACUCUCUAAAUUUAUAUUACAUAUAACUAUAUUAGAUAAGUGUAUUAUACUCGGACGAAUGGUUAUCGCUCCGGGUCGUUAAGGUACAGCAUACAGAUUCGUCUACGAAUUCAAUAUGAAUUAAAAAUAUGAUGAAUAUAUGAGUAAAGCGAAAUUUAUACCCAAUGAACAUUUUUAGAGUGAGAUUUCGUUUGCUCUGGUUAUAAUACACUGAUUAAGGUACUAAUUAUACGCAUAAUUGUGAGGAUUACAUUUCGUGGGACAAUCCGGAUUUAUGGUUCGUGAAGGAAUUUCUUAGUUUUCUUAGUUUAUUAUAAUUAGUUCAAACUGGCCUCCUCAAGUUAGAAUGUUUUUAUACAAUAUUAAAUUGUGCUUCGAUUGAGGAAUUUGUGAACCAAUUUAUUCUAAUGCCUAAACAUAAAUAAUCACAGUUUAAUUCUAAACUGUAUCAUGGGGAACGCAGUUUUUCUUUGCCCAGCAUAUGGUUUCUAUAUAUGAAGAAUUAUAAUUUGUAUAAAGAAGUAUAGAAUAUUAGAUUAAAUUGUUUAAUUGAGAAAUUAAUUACAUAAAAAUCAAUAUUUUUCUUUCGGUUUGUCGCACGUGAUUUUCUCUAUUUCAUAGAUCACCCCUGUCCUGAAAUCUAUAUUGUUAUGCCCAAGGCAGUAAGGUUUACCUUUUAUCAUUAAAAUGCUUCGAAUUCAACUACA